UGGUCGAGCGAGAACGGCUUGGUAAUGAUGAUCACCAUUGACGACGCUUGGAGAAACGACUGCGGGCGAAAAGGACAGGGAGCGAAACGACCUGAUACCACCUUAGCCGGGUUAGCCGUCUGACGGACUUGACGGAGCACUGUUUGGUGAUAUUUCGUCUCUUUCAGUCGAUUUCUGAGGCUGAAUUGGUGUUGAGUUGCUGGGUUAUACCCUUUGGCAGCAUUUUAUGACUUUGACAGACUCACAUUAGAUCCGUUUGUCUUAUAACCAGGCAAAAACGUUGGUUAUUUUUUUGCUGUCAUCCUCAUCUUAUCAUUAUCUUGUUUACUUCCGGGUUCAGAUUAACCCUCUGCACUGCCAGUGGCACUGCCAGUUGCACUGCCAUCCCAAGGGCUGUGGUUCUUCCAUCAUACAUGUUAUAGUGAAACCUGAAGAUCAACAUGCCUAUAAAUCAAGUACAGGAGCACAUCAGGAAAGUGGCUGUCCUUGUGGACGGUCAUGAAACCCAGUUUCUGGAACUGGAUCAGCAACGUCCACUUGCAGCUGUGGUGAAAGAUUUAUGUGACUUGUUGGCAUUAGAUAACACUCAGAAUUUUGCUCUCAAAACUGAUGGAGAUGGGCAGCACAAAACAACUUACAUCACUGAACGGAAUCGUGUAGAAAUCAAGAAUGGCCAUGUCCUACGUCUAGCGUCAUCACCAAGUAAAACCGCCGAGGAGAUUUAUGAGAAGUUGAUGGACGGUGCACAUGAAGAGCUCCCCUCGGUGCUUGGGAAACUCACCAAACUUUCUGGUGAUCCGACAUUUGCCUCUGAGUUCAUCCUUAUUAAUGGUCUCCAGCUUAUCGUUAAGAUGGUUAACAGUGAAGGAUACUCUCCAAAAUCACCCAAUUGGAAGAAUCAAAUCACUCGUGAGAUCCUUGCAUACUUGCUCAAGUCAUUUGUAGAGCUGAUGGAUCAUGGGACUAUCUCAUGGGACGUUCUCGAAAAGAAAUUCAUCGAAGUGGUCUCCAACCUCGUAAGCAAUCACAAAGUUGGUGUGGAUGCGGUGGCCCUGCAGUCUUCUUUAGAAAUCCUAGAGUCCAUCGUGCUUCACAGCAGUAUGACAAAUUAUGCAAUCGUUCAGAAAGAAGUGACGGUGCAAAAACUUACUCACCAUCUCAGCUCAAACUCGCAGAUUCAGAUCCAGAAAGGCACCAUCGCACUGAUCAAUGCCAUGUUCCAACGCGCUGAACCUGAAAACAGAAAGAAAAUUGCUGAAGCCUUACAGUCAAGAACUAUCAGAGAUGUCAUUAGAAGUAAUGUCAUCAGAACUGGAGCUCAGUCCCUUGGCAACGAGAUGGCACAUCAGCUGUAUGUCCUUCAGAGUCUGCUCUUCAAUCAGCUGGAGGAAAGAAUGCACACCAGUAUUGAACAGAGUGAUCAGAAUACAAUGAAAGAGAUCAUGGACCUUCGGAUGAUAGCGUUUGACUCUGACAUUCCAAUUGGAGCCACCAUCAACCAAAAGAAACAGAGCAACUUUGCUUUGGAUUAUAAAAAGCUUGGAUUUAAGAACCACGCUAAUCCAGCACAGGAUUUUAUGGAGACACCACCGGGAAUCCUUGCGCUAGAUGUUAUGGUCUUCUUUGCCAGGAAUCAUGCGGAGAAUUAUACAAAGGUUGUGCUGGAAAAUUCUUGUCGUCUGGAUGAGCACGAUUGCCCCUUUGCCCGAGCGAGUGUUGAGCUUACAAAGAUGCUGUGUGAGAUAUUGAAAGUUGGAGAACCACCACAUGAGGAAGGCCAGACAUACUAUCCCAUGUUCUUCACCAACGAGAAACCAUUUGAGGAAUUCUACUGCCUCUGUAUUGCCUUACUCAACAAAACAUGGAAGGAGAUGAAAGCCGCAUGGGAGGAUUUCCACAAGGUUCUGAGCGUUGUAAAAGAACAGAUCACCCGAGCAUUAGAAUCGUUGCCACAGACGUUCGACCAGUUCAAAAACAAGCUGAAUCAGUUGACGUAUGCGGAGAUCACUAACAUGUGGCAGCAGGAACGAGUGAAUAAGGAGGAGUGGGAGUCGCAGGCCAAACCUAUUGUUGAACUCAGAGAACAAAUCAAACCUGAGAUUCUCGAACUGAUCAAAGAACAAAGACUGAACUACCUUGUUGAGGGAACGUUAUUUCAGAAAUAUAACAACGGCAAGAGAGUAAAAGAUAAACAUAUCUACUGCCGUCUCUCACCAACUCACAAGGUCUUCCACUUCGGCGACUGUGACGAAAAUGCUCAGCCAACAAUCGAUCUGUUGCCAAAUAAGUUAUCUGUUGUCGAUAUCAAAAGUCUCAUGGUUGGAAGCGAAUGUCCACUCAUUUCAUCAACAAUAAAACGAGGAAAGUCAACGCUCGUGAAGCUGGCCUUCUCCAUCAUGCCAGAUGUGGGUGACCGGGAACCCCUCAACUUCGUCAGUCCGAAUGAGUAUGAUUACUGUGUGUGGACAGAUGGCAUCAAUGCAUUAUUGGGUAACGAGAUGGUGAGCGACCAAACAACACAAGAUCUCGAAAUCCUGCUCGGGAUGGAAAUCAAGCUCCGCCUUCUGGACACAGAGGGAAUCACCAUACCAGAAACCCCACCACCAAUCCCCGACGAUCCACCAAAUUACGAUUUUGCCUACAACUAUUGAGAUUUUCCAAAUGAUCUGAUAUGCGCCGUAUCUUGGAUUAUAAUUACAUGGUGCUUCAAAUACCCUAGGGAAUCACUUGAGGGACUAUUGGUGCAGUGAGCUUGUCAGAACAGCUGUUGACGAGACGCUUAGUAAUCAUGAUAUGGGCCUAUCCAUGUGUGUAUCGUGGAUGUUCUUUAGGAGUCAAAGGUUUUCUCAUUGUCUUUAAUAGUCUAAGAAUGAUUGAAUGAAUAUAAUACGAGCCAAUCUGGCUACUCCAGGGCUGUCAAGAACCAUUGGCUUGAAAUAUGAAGGCAAAAUUUAUGUUGUAAUGGCAGGGGUGUUAUAUCUCGUAAUUGUUGAGUUAGCGUAUCGUGUCUGAAUGUUUUAUUUCUAUCUUAACGAUACCAUAUGACACAGCGUUCCGUCGGAAUUGAGCCAAGUUGAUUUUAAGACAAUGCAAGAAAGUUUACGAACAACGAACCGAUUGAUAUGUCAGACCUUUUAGUUUCACAGCUUCCAUAGUAUUGUAUAUAAUCAUUUUCAUCAUUCCAGUGAAUAAUUUUUGGAUAUUUAUACUGAAGGAUGCUUUCUAUGUGUUCGUUUGUACAUUAGGUUCAGUGCAUUGACUGUUGGUGCAAAUAAUCAAGACUCACCUACAUAUAAUUGUUCGCAUUUAUAUUCUAAAUAUUCAUCUCCGACAUGUAGGGCGGUCGAACCAUUCUGUCGUGUCUCUUUCGAAAAGAUGAAUACAUAAAGGAGAACUUACAGGCAGGAGCUGCGGUGUCAACUAGUAUUAGUCUUUACGUGACUAGUUUUUACUGAUGAGGGCCUGGGAUUGUGUUUGAUUCAGCAAUCAUUAUAUUUCUCAUACACGCGUGAAUAGCUUCAAUUUUCUGUGACAUACUUGUAGGAGAGAUUCCUAUUGCGGUCUUUGUGUGUAAAUUAAUCUGACAUAUGUGGCUCGGGCCCAUAGGCUCCCUUUAAAAGUGAUUGUCCCAUUACCUCGGCUGUAGGGCUUCUGUAUCUUGCGUUGUUUAAUGAGGCAACUUUGCUUGCAAUAUGUGGGUGAUCUACGUAGCACUUUAAAAGUGUUGGUAAUCUAGCUCUUAAAUGCUAGUUAUCUAGCAAUCAUAUGUUGGGUAAUCUAUCACUUUAUAAGGGUUGGUUGUUUAUUAUAUUUGAGUAAUUUGGGGGGGGGGGCCUGGAGGGUCUCAUUUCACUUAAUAUGUGUAUGAAUGCACUUGCAUCUAGCAUUGUUGUAAACCUUGUAUUCACUGGUCAUUUUAUAGACAUUUUGUAUAAGUUUAUGUCAUGUUAUUCAAACCUGGAAUAAAUAACCUGAUAUCUAAUUAUUUAACUUUUGGAUCGAAA